AUGGGACUCCCGUGUAGCGGAUUCCAAAUCAGGUGGAGAAGAAGCAACUUGGCAUUCUUGAAUGAGCCAAGGGAGGAAGAGGGUCGACCGAACAAGUACGUGCCUCAGUACCAAGUGGCUCACAUCGCCAAAAUCGCCAAAAUCGCGGGCUAG